GUGCUAACGCUAAGCUAAGAUAGCGGCAGGCUGUGUGUCGUAGAUCCGUCGCCUGACACCGUAUCCGCGGUGAAAUCGUCCUGGCCCGCGUAGAAGACCUCGUUACAAUAUUUUCGUAUUUGUCUGGGAUGUAUGGAUGGAUAGUUGACGGAAUAUCCUCGCUGUUUGAGCCCGUGACGGGGCAAAAGCCCACCGAGUGGCCCGGGAAAGGUAACAUUAGCGAGGACAUACCCACGGUACCUGAAGCGAGGGUACUGCGGGAGGAGAACAGCAGCAGACCGGCUAAAAGAAACUACCAGAGUGUUGAUGUUGCAGACAGCUUUGGUCAGAGUGAACAGGUGGCAGUGAAAAGACGGAGACGAGAUGUAGUUAUAAGUUUUGUGAAGAAGACUGUGGCCGGUGUAGCACGUCUACUCAGGUUGAGGAAUCGACUGACGCCCAACUGUAAGAAGCACAGACAAUAUGAAGAGACACAGCCUGUCACUCUGAUGGGAAUAGAUGAGCUCCAUACCUCCUGGCAGAGCUGCACUGAGUGGAGAAUGGAUAAACCAGUGGGUGGAGUAAAUGAAAGGGCGGGUAAGAAUACUUUUCAGAGCUCCUCACCUCCUCUAAUGAGGAAAUACAGUGGGACGGCACUCCCUGCAGGGCUCCCUGACAGGGGGAAAGACAGGGAGAGGAGAGGCUCCCUCCAGCUGCUGCCCUCCAGGCCUGCUCUGAGGGUAGGAACCCCGAACCCUGACCCAAACUGCAAUAGCUUUGGACACAACCGCUGCUACAAGCCCAGUCUUACUGUGGAAGAGGCCAUAAAACAGAACGAUAAAGAACACUACAGGCGGCUGCUGGAGAUGGUGACGGAGAAGUACAGCAAAAGCCAACCCCUCCCUUUUAACCAAACCAAACCACAAGAUGAGUCACUGUUGCAGAGUGAACACAAAGCAACUGCUUCAGGAAAAGCUUUUGAAUCGUUGCCCAGAAAGACAGGAUACACAGCUGCCCCGAGCGUGUUUACAUGGAGAAAUGCAUCAGCAGCUAAAGACAGGUGGGGUGGUUUGACUCUCAGUAAGACGUUCAAUGGAGCCUUCGAAGACACACAGCAUGUGAGAUGUGCAAAGCAGAAACCGACAGCAGACUUGGACCUUUCUACAGAAGUAGCUACUCGCCUCAAUCUAGUGGACAGAGAGACUUCUCCUGUCAGCCUGCCGGACGCACACUCUGCACACACCGCACACACCGCACACACCGCACACACCGCACACUCUGCACACUCUGCACACACCACCCACGUCAGACACAGUGAUGAGGACAUACCUCGACUCACCAAGGAAAUGGCUGUGGAGGUGAGUGGCGCUCUGGCUCAGAAUGAUCCCAACCUUGUUUUAAGUGCAGCUUUCAAACUACGCAUCACACAAAGAGACCUGAGCACACUGCAGGAAGGCGGAUGGCUUAAUGAUGAGGUGAUGAACUUCUACCUUUCCCUGGUGAUGGAGCGGUGGAGCCAAGCAACAGGAUUAAGAGUCUAUUCGUUUAGCACCUUCUUCUUCCCCAAGCUGCGAGGUGGAGGAGGAGGAGGAGGUGGAGGAGGAGGAGGUGGGCAGACUGGAGGACAUGCUGCGGUGAAGCGCUGGACCAAGGCUGUCGAUCUCUUCCUCUACGAUCUUAUUCUUGUUCCUCUGCAUCUGGGCGUCCACUGGGCAAUGGCUGUUAUAGAUUUUAGAUCAAAGACAGUGAAAUCAUACGACUCGAUGGGCCAGAGACAUGAUGACAUCUGUAGUCUUUUACUACUCUACCUUAAGGAGGAGCACAAAGCAAAGAAAGGCAGAGAGCUCGACAGUGCCAAAUGGACUGUUAGUAGCAUGCGGGCAACUGAGAUUCCACAGCAGAAAAAUGGCAGCGACUGUGGUGUUUUUGCCUGUAAAUACGCAGACUAUAUUGCUAAAGGAAGACCUCUCACCUUCAAACAGUGCCACAUGCCGCUCUUCCGGAAGUUAAUGAUUUGGGAAAUCCUCAAUCAGAAGCUGCUAUAAAGAAUCACAAACAAUCUCCCGUCUGAUACACGUCUAACAACAGAGACUUUCUCAACGGGAGCAACGUCUGUGUACAAUGACGACACAGCGAGGAAGAAGAAAAGGACGGGCCAAAGAAAUGGACUUUACUGACUGAAAUAAAACAGUCUGGAGAAAUCAAACAGCAGUCUUAAAAUUUGAUUAUGUCCCUGUAGCUGACGGGGACGUAUUAACAUUUUGUAAUCUCUAAUUGUAAUUGGAGACAUUAUUGGGAUGUAAGAAGUGUAUGUUUUACACAAGCGUUGGCACUACUGACUGAAAGGCUUUUUGUUUUUUAUUAACUUUGGAUUGUUAGUUGGCAGUACUGCCUGAAGUGCCUUCAGCAUUUGACACUGAGUUCAGCUUUUUGUCUAAUUUGGCAAAUUAUUUAGCCACAUAUACUAAAAGUCAGUUUUGAGGAGCUUGUCUCAGAAUUUGCUGACCCUUUUUUUGUUCUUAUUUAAAUAAUUUGGCUGCACUGUAAUAAACAGAGUGGACAACAACUAACUGCAACACUAUUGAAACUCAAUCUAUCAAUACAGACAAUGAAAGAUAAAAUACCUCCUCUCCAGACAAAAUGAUGCACGGUUGAGCGCUUGUAAUAUGUUUGUCUUGCUAUUAUUUAUGAAUUGACUGAAUGAGAAAGUGUUUUGGGAGUGCGUGUAGUGUAUAGUGUUUGCCUCCAUGAGUGGAGUACGAAUAGUUGUUUUCCCCCCAUAUGUUACAUAAGUUGCUGUUAGGUCUGUGAAUCUUCUUCAUGAACAUACUGAGGCUAUUUAGGGCUAUUACACUUACUUACAAUAUAGCAUACUGCAUAGAAAACUACUGUACACACAUGCAUGUUUGAGUUCAUGCUUUAAAAUGUGAUUUUUUUUUUCCUGUAAUAAAGUAUUCAUUUUCUAAAUUUGAAUUUUAUACACAUGAGUGACUCGUGCAGAGCUGCUAGAGGCUUGUCUAGAGCUGGAUGAUUAGGUUGUUUUUACCUUCAGUUGCUCAAUGCAACUUUUUUC